GGUCCGGGCGGGCGGACUUUGCGUCGGCCCAAUGGGAGCGGCGCGCCGGCCUCCCCUUUAAGGAAUGUUGUGACCUGACGUCAGCCGGGCGAGUUACCUCCCCGAGCCGCCGUCGCCGGGCUCAGCGCGAGCCUCGGAGCCCUUGAGCGCGAGGCGCGGAGCCCCCGGAGCCCCCGAAACGCAGCCACAUCCCUCGUCGCGCGCCCCAGAGCCCCGGCCUGCGCGCCCCGCCGGGCCGGCGCGAUGCCCUCAGACCGGCCUUUCAAGCAGCGGCGGAGCUUUGCCGACCGCUGUAAAGAGGUGCAGCAGAUCCGCGAGCAGCACCCCAGCAAAAUCCCGGUAAUCAUCGAGCGCUACAAGGGUGAGAAGCAGCUGCCCGUCCUGGACAAGACCAAGUUCCUGGUCCCGGACCAUGUCAACAUGAGCGAGUUGGUCAAGAUCAUCCGGCGCCGCCUGCAGCUGAACCCCACGCAGGCCUUCUUCCUGCUGGUGAACCAGCACAGCAUGGUGAGCGUGUCCACGCCCAUCGCUGACAUCUAUGAGCAGGAGAAGGACGAUGACGGCUUCCUCUACAUGGUCUACGCCUCCCAGGAAACCUUCGGCUUCUGAGCCAGCAGCCCCUGCCUGUCUGCCCAUCUGUCCCUCCCCGACCUGAGGUGCUGCCCGUGCCUGGACCUGCCCACCCCUGAAGGACUGGCCCCUGGCUCACCCAGUCCUGACAUGGUGUAUGGAUCUGUGGUCAUUGUUCCUUUGCAGAAUAAAGAUUGCUCAGGCCUGCCUGGC